AUGACUUAUAUUCAUCAUUUCCGUGUGGAAAUCUUUGCAACGGUAAUUGAUGAGGUUGCUGAAGAAUUGAACAAUCGUUUCAAUGAGGCAAACACUAAUUUGCUUAAGGGUGUAUUGAGUCUUGAUCCUUCCAACAACUUUGCUCGUUUUGAUCAUCAUGAAAUACUCCAUCUUGCUAGAUUAUACUCUGAAGAUUUCUCUACUGCUGAGCUUGCUGAGCUUCACUACCAACUUGAACUCUACAUUGAUGCUAUAAGAGGGGAUCCAGAUUUCUAUAAUCUUGUUGAUGUUGGAGCUCUUGCAAUAAAGAUGGUGAAAGCAUAA